CUCUUUCCCUUAUGAGGGUCAUGAGUAAUUAUUUUGCCUUCUAAAUACUAUACAGUACUUUCCUAUUGUUCCUCCUCCGUAGAACCAGUUGUUAUUUUUCCCUUGCGCUUCAUGCUUGUUGUUGCAAGGAGACAGGGAGGUUGUCCCAGGUUGAUUUGGGUCAAUUCAAAGUUUCUUAUGACAGUUAAAACUGCUGGCGGUGUUCACUCUGCAUGUCUAAUUCUCCCAGACAAUUUCAGGAAACUAGGAGAAAGCGGAGGGAUUUCUUGAAGAAGAAAAAAGUGCUUCCUGGGUUCAGCUGUCUGUAAAAACUUUCUUGCAAUAUGUGGUCUUUCCCCCAGUCAGUCAGAAAAGGUGGGAAAUUGCCAGAAUUGUUGAACAGACAUCAGUUGCUGUCCAGAUUCCUUGCUAAUUCUUCCUGCCUUUAUGGGAAGAAGAAAAAGAGUGCGUAUGGAAACACUGACCAAGAAAAAUACGAAGAUUUGGUCCGCUAUCUCACAUCCUCUGAAGAUAGUUCUCAAAGAUCCAAAUCAUCAUGUGAAGAAAAGGUCAUUAACAGACCUGGGGAUAAAUAUAAACUUCCACAUCAGGACCUUGAACCACAACUUAGUAAUAACUGGAUUCCUCUGAUGAAUCCCAGUAAGAGUUCCUUACCUCAGAUAACUGUCCCCAGACUGCCUUUAAAAAUCAGUUUGUCAAAGAAGCCACUGCCCAGUGUGACAACGGUGCUACAGCAGUCUAUGUCUCCACAGCAGGCUUUUUAUCUGGAGAGGUGGAAGCAGCAAAUGAUUCUGGAACUUGGAAAAGAAGGCUUUGCAGAAUAUACUAAAAGUAUGUUUCAACAAGGUAAACUCUUUCAUGCAGCUGUAGAAAACUUACUUUUAGCCGAUCACAACUCUCCAGAGAAGCAGGAAGAAGAAACCAAUGUCUCUGGUUUCAUAACAAGUAUAAAACAUGUAUUACGUGAUGUCUCUGGAGUGAGAGCCCUGGAAAGCGCAGUUCAGCACGAGACCCUUCAUUAUCAAGGCCUGGUGGACUGUGUGGCAGAAUAUCGGGGAACGUUGUGUGCAAUUGACUGGAAGACUUCAGGGAAAUCAAAGCCUUUGCUCCAGAAUACAUUUGACAAUCCACUGCAGAUUGCAGCUUACAUAGGAGCUAUUAAUCAUGACAGUAAUUACAAUUUCCAGGUUGACUGUGGACUUCUGGUGAUUGCCUAUAAAGAUGGCUCCCCUGCACAUGCGCAUUAUAUGGACUCUGAGCUCUGCUCGCAGUACUGGAACAAGUGGCUACGUCGAUUGGAAGAAUAUCAAGAAAAAAAGAGGAAGGACUGUGAAACUUUAUGAAACAUUGUGAGGGUUCGAUCUUUGACUCCAUUUUCGUUUCAAUAAACUCGACAGACUUCAGUUUUGAACUAUGUGUAAUAUUUAUUGGGGUAUUCAAUAAAUAACACGUGUCCAUAACAUGA